UGCCGUGCCCGUGCCUUGCCCGUGAGCCGGGCGGGGCGCGGCCGGGGCGGGGGGGUCCUGGCUCCGCCUGAUCUCGGGGACCAUGUAGGAGGCGCUGGCGGGUUGGAGAAACGCACUAGGCUCUGCCCGGGGCAGACCGGCCCCCGUCCAUCGCCGCAGAGGGGAGCUCGCUGGGGACGGGGACAGGCCCCUGCUCCCCUAUGGGUGUGCCUGGGGGUCCAUAGUUUGAUCUUCCUGAGCGGAUUAUAAAGCUGAGCCUGCAGGCGCCGGGCCGAGAGCAAUGCCUCGCGGCGCUGGUUUCCUCUGAAUCCAGCCGCGUGGGUGGUAGCCGGGGUCGCGGAGACCCGCUUUAGGGAGCCGCAAACCACGCUGCCGCCCGGCUUGUGCGUUAAGUGGCUCGUGUUGAAUGGAACGAUGUACACGUUUGUGGUCCGAGAUGAAAACAGCAGCAUCUAUGCUGAAGUGUCCAAAAUACUCCUGUCCACCGGCCAAUGGAAGAGGCUGAAAAGAGACAACCCCCGAUUUAACCUGAUGCUGGGGGAGAGGAACAGACUGCCCUUUGGGAGACUGGGUCAUGAACCUGGACUUGUGCAGCUGGUAAAUUACUACAGGGGAGCUGACAAGCUUUGUCGCAAAGCUUCAUUAGUGAAGCUAAUCAAGACGAGCCCUGAGUUAUCAGAAUCUUGCACAUGGUUCCCAGAAUCAUACAUGAUUUAUCCAACUAACUUAAAGACUCCAGUGGCUCCAGCGCAGAAUGGAAUUCGCCAUCUUAUAAACAACUCCAGGACGGAUGAAAGGGAAGUGUUCCUGGCCUCCUACAACAAGAGGAAGGAGAAUGGGGACGGGAACGUGUGGAUAGCCAAAUCCUCGGCCGGUGCCAAAGGUGAAGGAAUUCUUAUUUCUUCAGAGGCUACUGAACUUCUGAACUUUAUAGAUGAUCAAGGACAAGUGCAUGUGAUUCAGAAGUACCUUGAAAAGCCUAUGCUGUUAGAGCCAGGCCAUCGCAAGUUUGAUAUUAGAAGCUGGGUUCUAGUGGAUCACCAAUAUAAUAUCUACCUCUACAGAGAAGGCGUUCUGCGGACCUCUUCAGAACCAUACAAUAGUGUUAAUUUCCAAGACAAAACCUGCCAUUUGACCAAUCACUGCAUACAGAAGGAAUAUUCUAAAAACUAUGGGAAGUAUGAAGAAGGGAAUGAAAUGUUUUUUGAGGAGUUCAAUCAGUAUCUGAUGAGUUCUUUGAACAUUACACUGGAAAGUAGCCUGUUACUGCAGAUCAAACAAAUAAUAAGAAGCUGCCUUAUGUGUAUAGAGCCUGCAAUCAGCACCAAACACCUUCACUACCAGAGUUUCCAGCUCUUCGGCUUUGACUUCAUGGUAGACGAGGAACUGAAGGUCUGGCUAAUCGAAGUCAAUGGGGCCCCUGCCUGUGCCCAGAAACUUUAUGCAGAGCUUUGCCAAGGUAUAGUGGAUGUAGCCAUCUCUAGUGUCUUUCCCCUCAGUGACAUAGUGCAAAAGCAGAGCCAGCCAUCAAUAUUUAUGAAGCUGUGAUUACAAGACCAUCUUAGCGACACACAUGGGAGAGCUGCCAUCUAUCGAUUCUGAGGGAAGGCUGUUGGAUCAUUGACUUUAGUAUUAUGCCAAAAAGGAGGAAAGAGAGACAACUUUUUGGAAAUUCACGAGGAAAAUAUAAAUAAAAGAAGGCUACCAAGGAGAGUCCAGGAUGAGCCAAAGUUGUUCAGACAAUUCUGCCUGUGUUUCAUCAAACUAUGCUCUGGAAACAGCUCAUGUGACUUUAAUAACUGAAGCAAAUCUCUCUGGGAGAACAGCAAAAUAAUGUUUAAAAAAAAAACAGGGAUACAAUAAUAUUGUAUUAUCUCGUCCUUUUCUAAAAAGAAACCUUUUUUCCUUUUUUUUAAUAAGGCAAUUUAAUGAAGAGUACCAUUGAUGUGGGUUUCUUGGUUCAUCACCUGCUGCAGUUUUAGUGCCUUAGCUCAGUCCCCAAUAGGUAACUCCUUUUUGUUCCUGCUCCAUUUGUGUAGAGGUGAAAAGCGGUCUUGUUUUGUAGGAUGUGUAAAAGAAGAAAAAAUUAAUUUUAAGUCUGUUUUAAAAUCAGCUAGCGAAACACCCAGUAACGAUAUGGCAAAGGUGGCACACUGAGGCAACACUAAUGUGAUGAAGUAGCCUAGGGUUUAAGGAGGUUUUAUUUACUUGUAUCCAUUGUCUAACGAGAUUUGAAUCGGUUGUCCGAUUCAUCAGUCUGAUGCAGUUGGAACCCCUAGAAAACAAGUACUCAGCUUCUCCCUCACCGAGCUGCAGUUUCUAAGGAGUCUACGUUGACACUCUUGUUGAGAGCGUUGCUGUAACAGUGUCCGACUUCCUUGGAAGGUUUGUUCAAAGGGGCAUUCAAAUUAUCUUAGUUCAGCUCUUCUUUCAGUUUUUAUGCUUUUAAUACCUUCGUUUUUGUUAACCAAAAGAACACCAAGGGACCCUGGCAAUCUCUUUAAGAUGCAUCUGAGGCUUGAAAAAAGAAGCCUUUCAACCCAAUCAAUUUUAUCUCUCUCCAUUGGACAAACAUUGCAUUUUUUCGCACUUACAAGUCAGCACCACCAAAACAUGGCUGUGCUUUGUACCCCAAGCAUCAUCAGUCAGUAGAAAUAGGCUCACCUCUUGGGGAAAGCAUUUGAUGAUCAGCUGGUGCUGCUGUAGAACAGCAGGGAAACUCUUGUUGCAUAUUGUGUUAUAUUGUGAUAACCUUUUAAAAAAAAAAUUAGGUCAGUGAAUGUAGAAACUCACAUUUUUUUAAGUAUAACCUAAAUAGAUACAUGAAAUCCUGGGAACAUUCCCCACAUCAUAAACAGUCCCUUUAAGUUACAGUUUUUAACCUAAAUAGGUUGGCUGUGUUUCUUUGUAGAACACAGUGGGGUCCCUAAUAGCAAACUGGGUACUAUAGAUCGUAAGUGUGUUCCGUAUUGCAAUGCAGUGUGUUGGGAAUUUUCAGUAGGAAUAGAGGUGGAAUUUUAAAUUUAAUCUUAGUGUUUAAGAAGUAAAAGUCUGUGUCUGCAAAUGACUAAUACUAACAAGAUCCCCUUUAAGGAAACCAGUAAGAUUUCUAUAAACUAUUACCGUUUUCAAUACUGAGCUGCUACAGUUCUCCUACAUGCAUUGCCUGUUGCAUCCUAGCAUAUUUUAGUUCUAUGAUUAGAUUUUUUUUUUCUACAUAUUUUAAAAGCUCAGUGAAAUGAGGCAGCUUCCUACCAAAUAAGUGUGCAUGACUGAAUGAGAAGCAGAGUCUGAUACGGAAAAGCAUGAGAGACUUGUUUAGAAGAAGGAUCUUUCUUGUGUGAUGCACAAUCCACACACGAUGCUGUUGUGGAACACUGACAUCUGCACCUGAAUCAAAUCCAGCAAGAGUUCUGGCUCUGCUGGUCGGAUCAGAACUACGUUCUGUUGUCUCUGACAGUUGCUUUGGGUUGAGGAUACUUAAAUUAAUGAGGGUGACCCAAGCAAAAGAAAAGUGGCUCCUGCUACCAAAAAAUAACACACAUUUAGGAGGUUCCAAGCUUCUGAUUGGCUGAGUUUAAUAAGCAUUGAGUUAAGUAGUCUAAUUUUUCCCUCCAGUGAUAUGUCUGAGCACUCUUACACACUUACCUCGACUUAGGACUGAGAUUUCUUAUCUCUGAAUUGUUACCAGGGUAGAGCUCUGUGAAUGAAUGAACCUGUCGCACUUUGCCAAGUCACUGGUGUUCGUAAAUCUUGGCUCUAUAGCAAAGGGAGAGACAGAAGCAUUUCUGAGAGGUGUAUGGAACUUUAAAUUUCAUUGCUGGGAUGCACUGGGGGAGUUUCUGUUCCAUACCUUAAUUAUUUCGAUCCAGAACAACUAGAUUUGGGGACGGACUCAGCCACUCAUCUUAAAAGUUUGUCUAUUUGAAAACUUUGGCCAGGUGGCUAUCAGAUUGUCACUUCUGUCAAAGGGCUUCAUGCUCUUGCUGGCUUCAUUUAUUUACAACAAGUAAAUAACUUACUUCACAACUCUUCACACCAUUGCUGCUUUUCUGCAGAUCUCUGCAAUCUAGCAUUGAAGCUGCAGAGGUCGUUCCAUUGGUGUGAGUUUUCUGCUGUAACGCCAGUUGAACAUCAUCUGUACAUCAAGCCAGACUGCAGGUGAGACAGGAAACGUUCGUGAAGCAGUUAAGAUUUCUUAGCUGACUAGCAUUCUUUCCUUAUCAGCUGGCAAAGAACAGGCCUUAUUCUAGGACCUGUAUGGGGCUGCCUGAGCUCACUGUCAAGAGCCCAAUUACCUUGCUUGGCAGAGGGGCAGUGUAAGGCCAGGAAUUUUGUUUUGCAAAGCUAGUAGCCAAGUGAUUUGAGUUGGGUUUUCACGGCUGCAGGGAAAAAAAAAAACAAACUAAUUUUAAAAAUUAACUUGAAGUCUCCAUUACUGUGGAGGCCAGGAAGCCUAUGAGGGGGACAGACGGGGUUUGUACUGAAAUGAACCCACAGAAACACUCUUGGCUCUUGUGAUACCCUCAUUUUACUAGCUGGUUAGCCAGUUAAGACUAGGCUGGAAUGUGUAAAAUAAGUUAGGGGAGGGGGGAUCUUAAAGGUCUUAGGCCUUUUUUAUCUCAUAAAGAAGUAAAGAAAAGGCACAAGCCCUGAGGCAGUUGACAUUUUCUUCCUUUUUAGGUUGCCUUUAAGAAUUAGUAAAGGUUCAGUAGCUGUUCCUCUAGUGUGUUCAAUGUGUUCCUACAGGGAACUUGUUGUAUAGGAUAUAUACAUCUGCUUAUUGUGAGCCCAGCUAGCUGGGGCAGUAGAACCUUUCUCCAAACAUGCUCUUGUAAGUAUCUUGUGUGCUGUGCUCCUAGGGGAGACUGACAGAGCAAAGCCGUUGGCAUAGUGUGCAAGAUGGCUCAUGCUGAAUUGACACCAGGCAACCUCCUCCCACCCUGGUUUGAUGGUCCCUGGAUGAACCUUGCAAUCCUGCAACAGUAAUCAUGGGACUAUUGUCAUUCAGGUGUGGGAAAGUCAGAGAGAGAUCUUGCUUGUUGUCAGGAUGUGCAGUUUCACUGGGGUGACCUGCUGAGCAGGUAGAGCACCUGCUUGCUGCCUUUGGGACAAAUUCUGCCACUCUAGAGCCACAAUUAACUCUGGACAUCAGAAUGGGGAGCCCUGCAUUUACAGUAAAAUCUGCACCAACUUUUGUUUUAAGCAACCAAUUUAAUGUAUUUACGUGUAGAGUUUCAGGUACAUAUUUGUUUGACCUUGAGGUUGGUUAUAAUAGACCUCCAGUUGAUGAUCUCUUGCAAAGUCUUAAACUAAGGCGUUUCACUGUAUUCCAAACUAAUUGAAUUCUGUUUAGUAAUGAUCUGAUUAUUCACACAAUACCUGUUUAACUUUUCUCACCAUUUUUAAAGAUGUUUAUCAGGUUGUCAAAUUACUGGCUUCUUUGCCAUAUUCUUCGAAAGGCCUUUUCUCAGAAUUCUACAAGGUUAAUUAACUGACAAUAAUACUUGGAGGGAGGAGUGGGGAAGGCAUUUGUUACAGCAGAAGAGCAGUGUGUAACCAAUUUCCUCUUCCUUUAUACCCUACUUAUAUUUUAAAUAUAAUAUUUCUGUCUUCCACGGUGGUAGUCAUUGCCAAGAGAAAACAUCAGAAAGGUAACUGUGGUUUCUAAAAUUCUGGGUGCUCACACUAAGGAAAAUGUAUUUUGUCCAAUUACCAAAAUGUCUUUAUCUGUAAGGGACUUGUUUUUGAUUGAAGAGUUAGAACAUUGUAUGCUUGUGUGUAAUUUUAAGUGAAGAUCAUGAACUUUUUUAAAGAAAUUGCAAAAAUAACAUUUUCUAACUGAAGUCCUAUAAAAGUUUAAUUGAAAAGGCCUUACUCGUUAAUGAGCUCUUGAAAGAGAUGGAUGCUGCUUUUCAGGAAGAUGCAUAUCAUCCUACAGAAUGUGAUUGGUGUCUAGGCUGAUCCAUUGUUUCCUUUUUUGUGUCUGUCAUUGAGAAGGAUUUCACACAUGGGCUCUCUGAAUGAGGGUCUUGUGAAACUGGAAUCUUGGAAGUCCUGUUUUCAGUUUGUCUGUGGCUUGUCUCAUACAGGAUAGGGGGAAAUCCCAUUUUAAAAUUCAUUGUGAUUAUUGUACUACAACUGUAAUGUGCUCCCAGGCCAUUUCAGAGGCUGACCAUAACAGCCAAACCAUUAUGAAAAUGUCUAAGAAACCAGCUUUGUUAAGGAAGUCAGUCUUCUGUAUCACAUUGUAAUCAAGACCCUUCAGGACUGCAUGCAUGUGUAUGGUCAAUGCAUUUCUUGUUCUCUAAGCAUUGUUCUCUGCUAAGAGGAAAACACUGUGCAAUAAGUAAGAGUUAAUAAUAAUGUUUCAUUAUCAAUGUCAGCUAAAAUAGUCUGUGGAAAACAGUAAUGUUGAAAGGAUCUGAAAUAAUCACUGUAGCGUACAUAAAGAGCUCCUGAAGUUACAUCCUAGAGAUCUUUAGUUUGUGUUUUCAAAUUACUAUCAUGAUGUGAGUGUGUUUGUAUGUGUCUCACAGAAUUUGUGAGCAGUGCAUGGUUCUCUGACAUUUGUAUUCAACUCUGAAUAACCCUGAAUAACAAUUAAAGAGAGAAACUUA